AUGUGCUGCCAGAGAGCCAGCAAGCACUGUACAGAGACAGAGCCUGAGAGGGAGGCAGAGAAGGGGAAAGUGUGAGUGGAUUUCAGCGCUGAUUUAGAAGCCAUCAUCUUCACACUACAGCCUUUCCCGCUCCUGUAUUUUUUACAGUCUCAUCAAGACCUCCUUCUCCCUCCUCUCUUUUUCUGCCUUUCCCUAUUUCUCUCUGUUUUUCCAGGCUCAAGCUGACGGCAAACAGGAACCAAGAGGCGGCCGCUGCGAACUCGUUUCAGGAUCCUCCAGCCCACGGCGUAAGGAUGGGCUGUACGACGGGCCACCUUUCUUGCCAAACCCAGCCUCAGACCAGCUUGGGUCAGGAGGGUCAGUCUCUGGAGGCUGCUGGUGGCAAAGUCCCGGAGGUGCUCUCCUCCCUUGAGCGCCUGUCUCAAGCCACUGGUGGCAUGGAGAAGUCGUGGUACCGCUGCAUCUUUCCUUUUGGGAUCAUUUCCCUGGUGAUUGGUGUUGCAGGAACGGGGGUGACCUACACCUAUAACGACCUGCCUCAGACUAAAGUGGUGUCGGUGGUGCUGCUUGUCAUGGGUCUGUUGCUCUUGCUGACGGCCACCGCCUGUUGGACUGUCCACAAGAAGAAGAGGAGGAAAAAGAAAGAAGGGGGAUCGUUCACCUCUGAACAGUGUCCCCUCUGA